UGCAACUUUACUUUGAACUCCAACUUCCUUUUAGCAAUAUUUGCUUCCUGAAAGUAUAUUCUGUAGUUUGCAGAAGCAUCGCCCACUCAACGGUAGCAAGUAGCAACGAUCACCUCCUGUUCCACUUUAUUUAGAGCUCUUUUGGUUUGCAGAUCCGAAACAAGAGCAAGGAUCUGCCGCUGCUCUCUGAUCUGCAAAUAGAUGGCGGUGUCACUAACAGUGGUGGGGGGAUGGUUCGCGCAGGCCUUCAUCCAGACCUUGAUCGAUAAGGCCAGCGACAAAGGCAUGCAACUGUUUGCGGAACGCCGGGGUUUCACGGCGGACAUGGAUAAACUGCGCAUCUCGUUGCUGGAGACUCAAAUCAUCCUUGACGAGGUGCAGAUUAGCCGGAGCAACAACACCAAGUGGAAGAGAUUGAUGCAGGAACUCAAGGAUGCUGCUUAUGAUGCUGAGGACUUGAUUGAUGAGUUCCAAUACCAUUUCCUCAGGAAGAAAGUCAAAGGUGAAGAAGACGACAAGGAAAGUGGUUCCAGUGGCCUUCCAGACAUUUUUUCUGCUGCAAAAGAAAAGUUGUUUGGUUCUUCUCAUUCCUUGGAGGAAGAUGCCAUGAGAGCUAGCGUGGUGGAGAUUCAAGGAAGGCUGGAGAGAAUUGCUAACAGUAUGAAGAGCAUCAUGAAUGUGUUACCACCAAAUGAUAGAGGGAAGCAACCAGAUCAGGUGAAGUUUCAGACCAGAGAAUCAUGCUCUUCCCCGGUGACGGACAUAUUGUUUGGCAGAGACAAAGAACUCAAUCAAGUGGUGGACUGGUUGUUAGAGUCAGCUAAUCAGGUGGAACCAGCAUCGGGAUUUCUCAACGAUGCCCUAUCCGUCUUGCCCAUCGUCGGUAUAGGAGGGGCUGGAAAGACUACUCUUGCUCAGUAUGCCCACAAAGACAACAGAGUUCAGAAUCAUUUUCACCUCAAGAUUUGGGUCUGUGUGUCUAACAAUUUCACGGUACAGGGACUCGCUAAAUCUAUAAUAGAGUCAGUAACUCUACAAAAACAAUAUGAUAAUAUGGGGUUAGAAUCUCUUCAAAAAAUACUCCAUCAGCAUAUUGCACAAAAGAAGUUUCUGCUUGUUCUGGACGACGUGUGGAGCGAUAAUAAGAGAAUCUGGGAGAUAUUUUGUGCACUACUCAAAGUCGGAGCUUAUGGUAGCAAAAUCAUUGUUACAACUCGAGAUAUGAAAGUUUCCAAAAUGGUUAGCCUGGCUGAACCAAUUUUGCUCGAUGGUUUAGACAAAGAUGCCUUUUGGCAAUUGUUCAAGAAAUGUUCAUUUGGUACACUCAACCCUGAAGACUAUCCGGAGCUAGAAGACAUUGGUAGAAAGAUUUCUCACAAGUUGAAGGGCUCACCAUUAGCCGCAAAGACAUUGGGCAGUGUUCUACAAUCAGAUUUGUGCCAGCAACACUGGGCCAUCAUAAUGGAGAGCGACAUAUGGAAAGUAAAACAAGAUGAAGAUGACAUUAUGCCAGCCCUGCAUUUAAGUUAUCAAUAUCUUAAUGAAAAUCUGAAACAGUGUUUUGCUUUUUGCUCGUUGUUUCCUAAAGAUUAUAGAUUCUAUAAAGCUGAGUUGAUUCAAAUGUGGAUGGCCGAAGGCUUCAUCGAAGAUAAAAACACAAAGAAGAUGGAAGAUGUUGGAAGCGAUUAUUUUCUUGAGUUUGUAAACAGGUCUUUUUUUCAAGAAUUCAGAUAUGAUUAUGAAUUUGAGGAUGAAUUUGUGAUGCAUGACCUUAUACAUGAUUUAGCUGAGAUGAUUUCUACGGAAGAGAUAUAUAGGAUUGAAAAUAACAGGCAAACAAAGCCGCCUUCCACAACUCGACAUCUACGAGUAGAAGAAGAAAAAUUGCCGCUGGAGUUCUCAGGAUACAACAAGUUGCGCACUUUGAUGUUGAGAAAAAAUUUGCCUACCGAUAGCCUUUUUGAAAAACUAAGAAGUAUUCGCGUUUUGGAUGUAAGUUGGUGUGACUUGCAGGAGUUAUCUGAACAUAUUGGUAAAUUGAUUCACCUCCGUUACGUUGAUAUAUCAUACAAUUUUAAAAUUAAAAUUUUGCCUGGAUCAUUAUGCGACCUUUAUAAUUUGCAAACACUGAAGGUAAUAUGUUGUCCUGAACUACAGUUUAUACCACAAGAAUUGGGUAAGUUGGUCAAUUUGAGACACAUUGUUGCAGAUGAUGAAUUCUGGGUGAUGAUAAAGGAUGUACGGAAACUAACUAAUCUUCAAGAAUUGCAAAGAUUUAGUGUUGAAGAGGACGACAGACUAAAGCUUGGACAACUAAAGGAUUUGACACAGCUUCACGGUACACUUUGUAUUCAAAAUCUUGAGAAUGUUGUCGAUAGCAAAGAAGCACAGCAUGCUGAGUUAAAGAACAAAGUCCACCUAAAACAGUUGGAGUUAGAUUGGAAUGAUGAGAAGGAUGCCAAGUUGGAAGAGGAAGUAAUUGAAGCUCUGCAGCCACACGAAUCAGUUAAAAUAUUGAAAGUUGAAGGUUACAAUGGAGGUAGGUCGCCUAGUUGGUUGAUGCCAAAAGUUCUACCCAAUUUGGAAAAACUUGAAUUAGUAAAUUGCAAUGGAUGGGAUGACGUUCUGCCAUUUAUUGGUCAACGUUUGCAUCUAAUUGAGCUUAUCAUGUACAGCAUGCCUGCUUUGAAACAACUGAGUCAUGAAUUUGAAGGCAAGUGUUUUCCAAAGUUGAAAGUGCUUAAUUUAUGGAAUUUGCCGGCAUUGGAGGAGUGGUCUUGGACUGAGGGCAAAGAUCUAUUUCCCUGCAUGCGCAAACUACUUGUCAGCAAUUGUCCCAAACUAAAGAGAUUACCUCCUUUCCCGCCUUCCCUAGAAAUAUUGGAAAUAAAAAAGUGUCCCAAUCUCAUAUUAAAUAGCAAAACGGAAGAUGAAGAGGAAGUUGACCGCCAUGCACUGCCAUCACUCAAGGUAUUGGAAUUGGCAAACAGUGGCGAAUAUGCAAAACUUUUGACCGACUUCUUGCACAACCUUCGUUUAGUUACUCGAUUGAACAUAAGGGAUUGUCCAUACAUAACGUCUAUUCCUCAGGCUCAAUUGUUAGAACUGCAAUAUUUGUCCAUCUCUAAUUGUGUGGAGUUGAGAAGAAUGGAGUGCUUAGGACUCCUUAAAUCCCUCAAGGAAUUGAGGAUCGUAGGAUGUCCUAAGCUGGUUCAGUUGGAUGUAGGAGAUGAGCAAGCAGGGAGAUUGUCAUCCCUGCGUAAAUUAUAUGUGGACAACACUGCUCUGCUUAAAAUGUUUCCUCUGAGAAACUCAUUGUCAUUCAUCACAGAACUUAAAAUUGAGUCAUGUUCUGAGGAGGUGAUAUUUGAGGAGUUGAUCUUGGCGCGAAGCCUCACUGCUGUUACAUCUCUAAGCUUCUCUUAUUGCAAGAAACUACAGUCUCUGCCGACAAAGCUGCUGCAUAGCUUUCCCUUACUAGAAAAUUUAAUGGUGUAUUGCUGUCCACAACUCCAAUCACUGCCAGAGAUAGGACUUUCUCCCCUUCUAAAAAAAUUAGAAAUAUGUCACUGUCCACAGAUUCAAGCGAUGCCAGAGGAUGGGCUUCCCAUGUCACUAGAUGUUUUCAAGUGCUCAGGCUAUGUUCAUCCAACGCUGAUGGAGCAGUCAGAAAAGUUCAACGCGAAAAGAGAGAUGAGGAGAGCAAGUACCCUUGACGCCCGUUAUUUUCAUGACAUUGAAGUUGUUUGAAUUGACACAUGGUUCAAGAGGAAGCAAAUCAUUACAAGGGGAAGCAAGAUUCAUCUAACCAAGUGAAAGAGCCUAAUGCCCUACUAGGGUUCAAUUUGACUCCAACUCAAUUCAUGAAGCCAACCUAUUGUGCUCAACCCAAGUUCAAUCCAUACCCCAAAGCCCUAGAAUUCCCUUAGACCACACCCAAAUCCCGGUUCAAAUCCGGUUCAAAGCCAAGGUUUAAAAACCCAGGUUCGGCACCGUGAACAAUGGUUUGCGCUACGGUUCAUCAUGCCCGAUUUCAUCUUUGCGCAUCACAUGUCCCAUCUCAUCGUGAGAUCUGCAUCUCAACUUGACUUCAUCGGUGUUGAGGUUUCCAGCAACUUGCGCUCAGCUUCUUGGGAAUGCCGGCGAGAGGUUUCUCCGGUGUACUUCUGUUUCCGUGAUUUCUCUAUUUCCGCUACUAAUCGGAGGCGUUUCUCCGAUCUAGUUGUUCCACCUCACAUCAGCAAACAUUGAAGGCGUUCCUCUAUGUUACUAAGCUCAUUCCAACGACAAUCCAUCACCAAUCGCCUCUAUACAAAUCAGAGAUUCCAGUUUCCAGAAAUCCAGAUUUAACAAUUACUGUCAGUUUUAGAUUGUGUUUAGCUCACUUGAGAGGUUUCUUUGGCGUGCUGAACUAUGUUGGGACUGAGUUUGUAGCUGAGGGUUUCUUCUCCGACACCUACAUGAAGUGUUCGCCUUUGGUUCUUUGUGUGACAACAAAGAGAAGAUAAGUUUUGAAGUGCGAUUUAGGUUUAGAGAUGAACUAGUUCAAUUCUGCAAUUCUGCAAUUCUGUUCCUUUAAUUCAUGUUCCCGAAUUCUUAUUUCUACAAUUUAGUUCUACAACUUGUUUCUGUAA